AUGGAAUACGAGGAUUUCAGUCGCCCAUUCCAUUUCAUCGCCACGGGCCGCUUCAUCGCCAUCCAUUACAAUGGCAGCGACUUUGAGCUACACCGCACUAUCCAGACGACGUGUUCUACAUACACCGGGAACAACAGUAGCGAUGGAGUGACCUUCGAGCUUUCCGUGCAUAACGGCAAGACACGGAUCGUCUCCGACGACGGCAUGUUUAUGACUGUUAUAAUGCCUACCGGGUGUGCUGAGUAUCUAAAGGAAGAAUGCGGACAGCAUACUGCGUCUACUCGGUGCCCGCGCUGCGAGAGGAACUACACGAUUGGCUUUGUUUCUGAGCCGCGCGACUGCAUCACUCUCGUCUCGCGCGGACUGCCUAGCAUGUUUGUUUUCCAUGAUGGUGUGUUCUAUUAUUAUUUUGGUGCUCUUAAUGGCAGCUAUGCCGAGCUAGAGCGGGUGGAGCGUAUUGAGGAUGCGUCGCUCUUCCAGUUUGUCGGUUUUCUAUCUUAA